AUUCCAAAACCACUCACAAACCAACAUCCUCCUCAAAAUCAAGAAUCUUGCCUGAGAUCAUCAUACAGAUAGAUUUCAAGAACCGAUCAUCUAAACUUCGAUAUGGAUCUCAAUUACAAAGCAACCGAGCUAAGAUUAGGGUUGCCUGGAACCAACGACUUGCCGGAAGUUAAUACGACGACGACAUGUUCCCUCACCAAGAGCACCAAAAGAAGCUCGUCGGAGAUGAGUCAAAAUGAAACCGACGAAUCAAGAUCCUCCCCUCCGGCAAAGGAACAAGUAGUCGGGUGGCCUCCGGUGAGAUCUUACCGGAAAAACGUAUUACAAGGGAAGAAAGUGUUGCCGGAGAUGGGCUCCGCGAUGUAUGUGAAAGUGAGCAUGGAUGGAGCUCCAUAUUUGAGAAAAGUUGAUCUAAAAGUAUACAAAAGCUAUGGGGAGUUGAUGAAGGGUUUAGAGGAGAUGUUUUUGUGCACAAUAGGGUUGUACAAUGAGAACGAAAGGUACGAUGGAUCAAAGCAUGCAGCAACUUAUGAAGACAAAGAUGGAGACUGGAUGCUUGUUGGAGAUGUGCCAUGGGAAAUGUUUGUUACGUCUUGCAAAAGACUUAGAAUCAUGAAAGGGUAUGAAGCUAGAGGGUUGGAUUUAUAGUUUUUAUUAGCUUAUAAAUUAAUCCAACUCAGAUAUUUUUGAUAAAAGAAACUGUAAAAAAAUAGAGAAAGUUCAUGUAAGUAAUUGAGAUUUUCUUGUGAUUGAAAGUUAUAUAAGUUUGAAUCCCGUGUUUGGUA